UCUACAUGAAAAUAUUACUGACUGGUUUAUAUACAAUACCAGGUUUGAUCGAUUUAAAAACAAGCUUGUUACUGUGUCUGUAUUUGAGGAUGUUCACUAUGUUCUACUUUAAAACCUGAGUGGGUUCUGCAGUUAUUCUUAUGAUCAGAGCCAAUAAGACCGUAUAAUGGAAUCAGCAUGGAUACGACCGUGUUCUUCUAGAAAACCUCCACACACUCCUGGUCCCACUGACUCACAGCUUUGUGGGGAUGUUCAGACAGAAAAAUAUACAUCUUCAGAUGGAGGGACAUCAGACUCUGUAGAACACAUAACCUGUGUGAACCUUCAGAAACAUGUAAAAAAGGAAGAAAACGUAGAUGAAGAAUACUUCUUGACACCAGUCUCUGUGGGACAUGUCACACCUGUGGACCUUCAGAAUCAUGUGAAAAAGGAAGAUCCCGAAGAUACUGACUAUCUCUAUGCUGGGACAUCAAACUCUAUGGAAGAUGUAGACCAAAAUAAUGGAGGAUUUGAAAGGAAGCAUGUAAAAGAGGAAGACUCUGAAGAUAAAGACAACAUCCGUACAAGGACAGACUGGGAAGAUCUCCAAACUGCGACUAACCGGUCGCAAAACUAUAAACGACAUAGUGAAGCUGCACAUCUCUCAACUAUGGAUGUCGAUGCACCACGCCGUAAGAGGAUGCUUGCUGAAAUGGAUAAUGAGGAAUCUGAUGACUCGGAGGAAAGCAGGAGGGUAACGAAAAGUGCAACAGAACGAAAAAAACUUAAGAAAAAGUCAAGUAAUGCCUCAAAACGGAAGCAGGUGCCACGUCCCCCUUCUCCACCUCCAUUUAUCGCUCACCACCAAAAAGAAAACAUCUGUGUGGAGACACGGCGUUCUGUCUCCAUGAAUCAUGUGGAAACUACGCAACUCGUGCUGCAAAGGGUACAAGGGUUGGAAACCACUCUGCGGCAAAUAAGAAAGGACAUUGAUGACCUGCGUACAAUGGUGGCUGAUGUGCUCAGUCACGUCAAGCCAGAGGCAGAUGAAGGCUUGGUGGCCUUACCAUGGCCUCUUAAAACUAUCAGGGAGUUAGAGGAUCUGAAUGAGCAACUGAAGAAUAGCGAAAAACUUCGCAACUGUUUUCGUGCUUACUUGAAGACAAUGAGGGGGAGCAGCAUCGGAGAGACAGUUCGCUCCAUUCUCCAAAGAAUCGGGGAGAACAGCCUGUGGUGUAUGUUUUCCUUGAAAGGGUCAAAAGGUGGGAAGCUGGCCUUGACUGGGCAUGAUGAAGUGUAUCGUCUUGUACACGAUAUUGCCGAACGAGCCCAUGGACAGGAAUACACUGUUGCCAGUUGCAGAGAGGCCAUCGGCAGCUACCUAAAAAAUGCCCCAGCCAGGAAAGGUGGCAAGAAACAUAAUCAGAGCUAAGUGGGAUCUCCAGUGCAUCCUACAAGAAUUGUAGGACUAAUCCAGCUUGUGGGAGGUGCUUUAGGAACCAUGGAGUGAAAUUGAUGCAGAUGACAUCAAACUGAAUGUCUAACGUCUUCAAGGCUCUAGUUGCUGCAAAUAGAGGAUUCUUUGAUGAAAGCAAAGUUUGAAGUGCUAAAUUGUUAUUUCACAAUGUGUUAACUAUUUUCUAUUCAUUUUGCAACUUAUUUGAUGACAAGUAUGGGUUUCAUGGAAAAUGUGAAAUUUUGUCAAUUUUUACAAACUUUUAAAUGGUAGUGUGGAUAAACUGGUUAUGCUUGGAUUAACACUCCUUGUUAUUCCAGUUCUGGUUGAGUGAACGGCGUGCGCGUUUGGCUGCUGCUUCUCUCCGGCUGUUUGUUAUACCUUUUUAUUUUACUAGUAUUCAACGAUUGAACUACUUUAAAACUACCCUGGUCAUGUACUAAUUCAUGGCCGUUACAGCUCACAAGUUUCAAACAAAGGAUACCUGGCUUUCCUGGCUGUCUUGUGGACUGUUACUGCAAAUCUAUCACCUAGAUUCUCUGCAUCGCACCAACCUUACACAAGCCCUCACCCUUUGAGUUUCCAUGAAACCUGCCUCUGUUGAGUGAGUUUCCGCAUUCUCGCUUAGUUAAUCGGCCCGUAGUUUCUGUAUAGGAGUGGAUGGUAUCGCUCCUCUGUACUAAUCGCUUAGGGCUGUUGGUUAAUGGGGCAAAAAUCUGGUUGUGCAUCUAAAUGAGGAAUCCAGUAUGACUGCAUACAGUAUGAUGGAUUAUUCUAAUUGCACUGGGGAUUAUCGUAACCUGGAUUAGUAAGCGAUACUUUCUCUGCAUUUCCAGAAGUAUGUCCUCUACUUUUACACUGUCUGAGCUUAGGCGUCUGAACCAUCAUCGACUCGCCUGGUGUGGGACAUUUACCAUGUUAUUAUCAUCUCUUCAGUAUCCUCAUGGACUAUAUGUUGUUAUACCACAGUUAGUUUCAGUCCACUAAUUUGAUUGGUCAAGUGACAUUCCAAGAGUGCUGAUAUUUAUUAUAACGGCACUGUCACAUUUCACUGUGUGUAUCACUCCACUUAUCUGUGUUUGCUGCAUAAAUUACAAAUCUAGCAGUAGAUCAUUACAUUGAAACUGUUACUACACUUAUGACAGGCUGUCAGUUAGUCUGUAUGUUACAUGGCAACAUGGAAAGCUCUAUCUAGCUGUGGCUGUUUUGGGAAUUAUUUCCAAUGAUGGCAAAAAUAAACCAAUAUUUGGGAA